CUCCCAGUCAUCUUCCUUGCCUCUUGCAGAGAUGACCAUGAACACUUUUGUCCUCUCUCUCUCUGUCUCCACUUUCCUCCCUCAUCACAGAGCAAAGCACAAGACCUGUCUCGUCGAUGGAGCGUUUUGCCUGGCCUGAGUACCUCUCCUCAAGCCGCAAGCACGCGAUCCAGGAGCUCCUCCAUGGCCAGAACCCCACGAAGAAGCUCAGACAUCUCUUGGACGCUCACUCUCAAACUGGCAAUGACACGGGGCAGCCCUUGUUUGCGGAAGAUCUGAUCGUCAACGCCCUCAGGUCGUUCAGCAACACCCUAUCCCUAUCAAGCAGCUCCGAGUCUUACGAGGUCUUGCAGGUCCCGACCAACGCCUGUGUCAGGUCCGAGGUCUCCGAGGGAAGUGAGAGCAUCAACACCCCGGUCCCGAGAAAGACUUUAGAUACAUGGACAAGACUGGACCAGAAUUUGAUGGACGAUGGGCAACAAUGGAGGACAUGUGAUCAGAAAUUGAUUCUCAACUCCAAGUUACCCCCAGGGCAUCUAGCUGGAAAGAAUUGCCGGAAUGAGCUAUCAGAAACAACAGUUAGUAAAGGGCCUGUUGAUCAGGCUACAUUACACCAUUCACCUGUGGAGCCUAGACUUCGGGGAAAAGAUGAUACCUUGGGUUCAAGCUCUGCAAAGACUCCCAAACCCCCAUUGAUGCUGUUGGAUGCCAUCUCAAAAGAAGUUGCUGCCAAGGAUAUGAACACAAUCAAUGCUAAUUAUGAACUUUACAGGACCAAGAGGAUCUCUCGAGAUGACUUCAUCAAGAGGUUGAGAUCAAUAGUUGGUGAUGAAUUGCUGUGGUCCAUCAUAAGGAGUCUUGAGGGCAAGCUGACUCUUGGAUCUCGUCACAAUUCAAAGGUGCCUAAGCCGGAGCAAGAGGUUUGAAUCUUCUUAUUUAAUUAUGCAAUGCUGUUGUCCUUAGUGUCGUGGGGAUUGCGACUGCAUUUAGAUCUUGGCUUCUUUUUCCUGGGUGUUUGAAAGUAUCUCUUUUUGGAUCCAUAUGUAUAUAUUCGUAAUUCUAUGGAAUUCUUGCUUGUUGCUGCUCAGCCUAGUAAAGAACUACACUGUUGUUAGUAAUUUUUCAUGUUGGAAAAGAAACAAUCGGCAUAUUAUUUACCUGA